UGACGUGUCGAUUCAGUGUCAGAGGCAGUGAAGUGGAUACCGCUUUUUACCUCGUUUCUCCUUGAAUUCCUGCACAAGGAAGGAUCUCUAUUGUCCUGCGAUGCGGCACUUAUUCUGCCUGCUGCUGCUCGUGGCACCGCUCGUGAUCUGCGCCGCCGACCGGACGACCAACAGCUACCUCAGCCCCACAGAUGAGCGUCUGCAGAGGGUGUUCGUGGAGGGCGUGAAGUCCUCGGACCUGCAGACCAUCUACUACUCAGUGCUCAACUACGGAUCGCGGCUCACGGCGGCCGACAAGACGGCUCUCUGCACGCGCGUGAAGACUCUGCACGCGGACUCGAAGCUGAAUGAGUUCGAGAAGAACUUCUACCUGAUCGGCAUCUAUUCGGAGCUCAAGUGCAGUCCUCCCGUGCCCCCGGCCGUGAUCACAGCACUCGAGGGGGCGCUGGCCAAGGAAGCGACAACGGCGCCUGAAGUGUUCUUCAACUUCUUCGCCGCCAAGGCUGCCGGGAUUGCGCUGGACGAUGCGGCGAAGCUGCGCGUGGUGAAGAACCUUCAAGCCAUCCUGAAGAAGGACGACUCGCUUGCCAGUCUGGGACACGCAUUCACUGUGGCCGCGGAGACCGGCGGCAACGGGCUGCUGCUCGUGGAUCGCGUUGAGGACGCCAUCGCCCAGGCGGAUGAGGUGGACGGGAAGAUGUUGCAGUUCGAGGGUGGACUCAGCAUCACUGCGCUGGUCCUCGGAGGUGCCCUGAAGCUCACGGCGUCGCAGAAGAAGCCCCAUCCCAUCACGCCGAUUCAGGCCACGAAAUUCGCCACGUAUUUCCUGUCCAGGCGCUCAGUGCAGACGGCGAAGGGCGUGCACGUGCUCCUGGACGCGCUGACGACGCUGAAUCAACAGAAAGCCAUCGCUCCGGUGUGCAUUCAAGUGAUGGGCAGUGGUCAGCUGCAGCCGGACGACUUGCAAGUGACCUUCCGCGUGGUGGAUCUGCUGGGGAAUGCUGUGACGCCGGCGCUGGACACUGUGCAGGCGACUGUGAAGGACAAGCAGGGCACAGCUGUGGUGAAGGACGUGAAAUUGACACCCAAGGGCUCAGACAAGACAGUAUUCGCCCUGGAUCUGAAGCAGGCGAAGCCUGCCAGAGGGCAGUACACGGUUGAUCUCACGGCCGGAACUUUCAAGCAGUCAGCGGAGCUGAAAGUCCUGGGCAGAGUGAAGGUGUCGAGUCUGGAGGUGGGAAUUGGCGACUCGGACAGCAGCUCAGCGGUGAAGAAGCAAACUGUGGACUUCCCCAAGACUCUCUCCACGCCCCUGAACGCGGACUCGCAGCAGAAGGUGGUGAUGAAGGUGUCUCUGGUCGAUGAGACCACUGGGAAGCCCAUCUCCGUCCACCAGGCGUUUGUGCGCUUCGAGAAUGGCCAGACUGGCGAGGAGAUUGUCUUCGUGGCGGAACAGGAUUCGAGCAAAGUCUACAAAUUCGACAUGGAUGUGGGCGCGAGGAGUUCCGAUUUCUCGCAGACAUCCGGAAAAUACCUCAUGGAGCUCAUUGUGGGCGAUGCGUCGCUGUCCAACUCCUUCCGCUGGCACGUGGCGGACAUCAAUCUCAAGUUCUCCGGAGAUGCGACGGCGAGAGACACGCAGGAAUCUGUGUACAAGCCGAGGAAGGAGAUUGUCCAUCAGUUCCGCGUUCCUGAGAAGCGUCCAGCACGCUUCGUGUCAGAUCUCUUCACUGGCAUCUGCUGUGUGCCGCUCCUCAUCCUCCUGGUUCUGUGGCUGCGCCUCAAAGUGAACAUCAGCAAUUUCCCUCUGUCGCUGUCCGCCAUUGGAUUUCACCUUGGCCUGGGCGCCAUUCUGUUCCUCUUCUUCGUGUUCUGGGUGCAGCUGGACAUGUUCGCCACCAUCCGAUACCUCCUGCCACUGGCGCUCUUCACGUUCCUGUGCGGCAAUCGGUUCCUCAGGUCGAUAGCCGCCAAGAGGGCUGCACAUGAGAAGUGAAUCCCACGCAAUUCCAUCUCACUCACAUUCACAGACGCCCAGCAAGCGUCCAGCGAGCGGAAGACACCCAACCGAGUCACACAGGUGCAUCCUUUGCCUUUGAACAGCUUUUCAGGAGAUGUAAUAAAAGGGUGAAACAGUGAGAAAA